AAAUAUAUCACGCUAAAUCUUCAAAUUUCAGUUACACACUCUAUUGUUUCUCUUGAUUUUGGUUCUCUAAUUGAAAUUAGUAGAUUGUGAUAGAAACUUAAGAAAUUCAAUAUUUUCAUAUUUACUAUUAGGAUACUUUUAUGAUAAUUGAAUGAUGAAUAUAUGAUUUUAUGCAUAUAUAUUUAUAUUUAUAUUUGAAUUUUCCUACAAGAAUGGAAGGAUCCAUAUUGAGUCCUGCAUUGGAAGCAUUGGAUCAUGUAAUAUCUGAAGAAGGGAAAAUUCUCACAAAACCUUUCUUGGAUGUUUGCAAAACUGUAUUACCCAUUUUAGAUAAAUUUGGAGGAGCAUUUUCAUUUGUAAAAUCUGAUAUAGGUGGUAACAUCGCGAGAUUGGAGACUCAGUAUGAUUCCGACUCUUUAGAGUACAAAUUUUUACAUAGCAUGAUUCAAAAAGAAGUUGAAACUAAAACAGAAAGGAUUCAAUCAAGCUGCACAAAUUCCCUACUAUGGCUAUCAAGGAGCAUGGAUUAUACAGUACAAUUGUUCAAAAACUUACAAGAACAUAAGGAUUGGAGCAUGAAACAUGUUUGUCGGGAUUCAUACGACAAAACAUUUAAAAAGUGGCAUAACUGGCUAGCAAGUUCUACUUUCAAUGUUGGAUUGAAGCUUGUUCCUGAUAGAAAAAGUUUCAUGGAAGCAAUUGGUACAGGAGACCUAAGUUCUGACAUAGUAAAAUUUUGUGAUAGCUUCUCUUUAGUACUUGCAGAGAAUCAUAAAGUUCUGGCUAGUGUUAAUAUGGAUAAUAGAAAAUUUUGAUGUACAAAGUGAUUAUAUGAAGUGGAGC